AUGGAAGAUGAUUACCGGGUUGAACCCCAGGAUACUCAUCGAGAUCUGCUACCCCGCAAAGCUGAUGCCGCGCUCUUAUCAAGGGGGGCGAUCCGAACUGUGGACCAGGAGGUGAAAAUUGUUUCAAUAAAUUGGGAUAACUUCCCCAUGAAGUUGGCGCUAAACCGCAUGCGGAACAACCACCAAUUCCCACUAGUGCUUUACAGUCACGAGGAACCUUAG